AUGGAAACAAAAAUAAUCUACUUCACGGUGAACGGGAGACCGGAGCAGGCGGAGUUCCCGGUCGACUGUCCGGCUCAGGACGUCAAAGAUCUGUUCCGCUCUGCCGCCGAGGCCGGACCCCAUGACAUCCUGAAACUGUAUAACCCUAAAGGCAACAUCAUCAACAUUUCCCCGAGCCUUGAACCCAACAGCCCCAACCUGUGCUACAAGCUGGAGGUGGUGGCUGCCGACUGUAACAGUGAGCUGUUAGGUGCCGAGCUUGCUGGUGCACUAGGAUUUGACCUGUCAUCCAUGGAAAAAAGACUGCAGGGCCUGGAGAAGAAAAUCCUCAUCGAGGCUGGUGAGACGCCUGCAGUUGUGUAUGAGAUGAAGAAGCAGGUGGAUUCAUUCAGAGAGAAACUGGAGAGUGUGGAGCAUCUAAGCUGGCUGGGGCUGUUCAAAGAUCUCUCGGAGGGAACCCACAAGCCCUCACCGUUCUACCACAAAAGGACGCUGCGUAAAACCAGGGAAGAGUGUGAACAUGUGCGGGAAAAGUUCCUGCAAAUGAGCUCUUUGGAGGUAUCUGAGGAAGUGAGGCAGUACCUGAAGACGCCAACCUUUGAUAACUGGCAGUGGGAGGAUGCAGAGAUUAUGGUGCUCCUGCAAGUCAUGUACACAGAUUUAGACUUUAUACCAACCUUCAACAUCGAGCCCGAAGUCUUGCAGCAGUUUCUGUUCGAAAUCUAUCGCAGAUACAACAACAUCCCUUUCCACAACUUUAAACACUGCUUCUGUGUGACCCAGAUGAUGUAUGGUUUGAUCUGGCUGACUGACCUGAGGAGUAAGAUGGACAGCAUUGACCUGCUGAUUAUGCUGACCUCUGCAGUCUGCCACGACCUCGACCACAUGGGAUACAACAAUGCCUAUCAGAUAAACGCUCGGACUGAACUCGCUCUGCGCUACAAUGACAUCUCUCCUCUGGAGAACCACCACUGUGCUGUAGCUUUCGAGAUACUGGAGAGGACAGAGAGCAACAUCUUCAGGAAUCUGUCCACGGAUCAGUACAAACGGAUACGAGAGGGGAUCAUCAAAUGCAUUCUGGCCACCGACAUGUCGAGACACAAUGAGGUUCUCAACAAGUUCAAGUCCAUCCUUCCGGUUUUUGACUUCACCAACAAGGACCACAGAGACGUGCUAAUGACGAUCCUGAUCAAAGUGAGCGACAUAUCCAACGAGGCCCGGCCCAUGGAGGUGGCUGAGCCCUGGCUGGACUGUCUUUUACAGGAAUUCUUCAACCAGAGUGAUGUGGAGAAGUUGGAGGGCCUUCCCGUUACCCCCUUUAUGGACCGGGACAAAGUUACCAAACCGUCGUCUCAAACAGGCUUCAUCAGAUUUGUUCUUCUGCCUCUCUUCAUCGAGCUGGCCAACCUCUUCCCCUGCCUGGAGCAACACAUUAUCGAUCCCGUCCGGAAAGCUCUCGACUACUACACAGAGAUGGAGAAAGCUCUGGAGACGGAGCAGCAGAACCGGGCUCAGAGCGAGAACGCAGCCAAGAGCAAGGAGGCAGCGGGAGGCCGACAAGACAGCCAGACGGACGCCGGGCCAGACACCUCGGAAACAGAGUCACAGUGA